AUGUCUCCCGCCAGCCAACGAUAUUUCGAGGACGACAGUAAACUUCUGUCGUCGACAAGAACGCAAGAUUCUAGUAGUUCUGGGUGUGUUUCUAGUGACAGUCAAGUCGAUGCACGGUAUGAGACAUUCUUCUGUUCCGCUAGCGAGGUUUCCACCUCCAUUGCUUCAUCGUCUUGUUCUCUCAAAUCAUGCACACUCGGAGAGAACGUUGAUGGACCGAAAAGCGAGACUAACGUCCCAGCGGCUGUCACGCGAGAUUACUUCAGUCAAUUCGUGAAUGGCAUCCGAACUCUCUUUUUUGACAAAUGUGUUGCUGCUGGAUGUUCUUUCUCUAAGGCUGGCGGUCCCGCCUCCAAAGUCAAGGGACCGUCCAUCACGUUGGAUCUGUCCCAGGCUGGCAAAGAAAAGCCCCUCAUGGAAUCUUGCGUCCGCAGCCUGGGAUGGAAGAAAAACAGCUCUCUCUUCCCUACCGGAGACAUCGCCUGGCUAGGCUUCGCGUUGACGGACGGAGAACAUAGGGAUUAUGCUUCAAUAGCCCAUGUGGUCAACCGAUUUCCAGGGCUGCACGAGUUUGCGAAGAAGCGUUGGCUGGCCCGAGUUGUAUCUUCUAUGACACUAUUUGACCCCGACGGUUUCUCUUUCUUUCCGAGAACCUGGCUUCUCCCAGAAGAUCGCGAAGCAGUGCAGACAGCCCUACGCGUCCCAGCUGCCGACCCACGUUUGUCCAGUGGAGCCAAACGUGAGCCACGAGGAACUGCUGAGUCCUCGUCCUGUCCCCGACGUGGCCAGCGGGUCAAAACGAUCACAACGCAUAUUACCGCAUCUUGCAAACAAGAAACAGUCUAUAUUCUUAAGCCAGAUGCAGGUACUCAAGGGGCUGGCCUUAAACUCGUCUCUGAUCUCGACCAGAUCCCAAAGGAAAUUCUCGAAGGCCAAGAUGGGUACAUCGUUCAACAGUACAUCUGCAACCCUUAUCUUCUUGAUAAUCGCAAAUUCGACUUUCGCGUCUACGUUCUCAUCACAGCCGUGACGCCGAAGCUAAGUGUCUUUGUGUCGCGGCGAAGCCUAGUGCGCUUCUGUACGGAGGACUACGAGCCACCAUGCCCCGGUAAUAUGAACAAUGAGUUCAUGCACCUAACAAACUACGCCAUCAACAAGGAUCACCGUGGAUUUGUCAGAUCGUCCAAUGUCCACGAUCGAACUAGCAGCAAACGGCUUCUGGAUGACGUUUUCGAAGAUCUUCUACAGCAAAACGUCGAUGUCGAAUAUGUUUGGCGGCAGAUCGUAUCCAUGGUCGAGAAGGUCAUGACUGCCUUCAAACCCCUGCUGGCGCUAAAAUAUGACAGCAUCUAUCGAGACACCACUCCGCGAUCGCGAUGUUUCCAAAUCGUUGGCCUCGAUAUUUUGCUUGACGCAAACUGCAAAGCCUGGCUCCUCGAAGUGAAUGGCAACCCAUCACUGCGGUGCGAUUACGAAUAUGAGACGGCAGCGGGCUUUAUAGCCACAGGUGAAAGUCUUCUAGAUCGUCGGAUCAAGGAACCACUCGUGUCCGAGGCUCUGGUUAUCGUUUACUUCUCUCUCCUUGGAGCACCAUCUCAGGUGUCAUCUUAUCUCGACGAAGAAAAAAACGCUUCGAGUUAUUGUGGCUCUUCGCGUAUCCCGCGUGCGAAAGCCCUUCAGCGGCCUGUGUGGUCACACCGAGGCGCUCAAGAAAUGUCGACAAAACACCAGCAGCAUAUUAAGAGAAGACCUGCACCUCGUGCAGAGCAGAACUGUGAGCGUGCAGCCGUGCCAGCAGGGACACAAUCGUUUUCGCACGGUGCUCUGAGCUGCGAAAUCAUCUCGAAUGUAGUACCCCGCACCCGUAUGCACCACCUCAUUCCGGAUACGGUUGAAGAACCAUUGCCAUUCUCGUCCCGUGAGGCAAGGGAUAUGUCAAUAGACAAUGGCCGCCCCAUUCCAAACCCGGGUGGGAGAGGAGUAUCUACGAGGCUGCAGCCCGCCGCAGGAAACGAAGACAAAGGAUGUGUCCGCACCGCUUUGCCUAUGACUGCUACCACUGCCGAUACCACAUCCGGCUUGAUGAACAGGACGCUUGCCAUUUGGUCUCAACGCAGGUCGCCAUUCCCUGUCCCACCCUGUUCUGAUACAUGCUCUGCGUACGCACACACCUGCAGCCUGGAGUCCGGGACUUUUCGGUCCGACGGUAGUGCUUCACCGAUGGCCAAAUUGUCCCAACUAAAAGCACCAACCGCUGUCAGUGUCAACGUGUCUGCCGGAUUCGCACUUGGCAUCCUAGGUAAACAGCCAACCUCUACGAUGUUCGGCAACAGGUCAGAGAAUGCGGGCUACAAGGGAAACAGUGUGCAUGGUACUAUGGAAUUACCAGGCGCACAGGUUAGGAACAGAAAAAAUGCCGAUAGAAAAACUAACGCUUCUUUUUUGGAAAUAAGCGAAGGAACAAGUAGAUCAUGUUCAGGUAGUACCGCAAGUGGUUGCACAGCCUCAGAUGUCGAGAAUGGGCAGUUGUCGCUGCGGACGACACGGCAACGGGUCCCAAGAGCUCGGGAGUUUGACAGUGGGGACUGUCCUACGGCCAACAAUGAGAUCGACGCGAUCAUGCCGCAGCACUGCUGUCUGUGGAUCCCCGUUGAGUCGGCGCUGUCUAAGUCUCCGGAACUGCCAUCUCCAACCUCCCUUCUUGAUAUGUGCCAAAAUUUGUUCCUCCACGUCACACAGUUUCCGGACAGCCUGACGCUUCAGCUGAGGCACUGGUUGGAUCUAAUUUCUCGGACUCACCUCCAAGAUGCCAUGCAGCACCUGUGGGUGCCAGUUUCUCUGGCUUCGCGGAAUUCCCAACACUUCUCUGGGCGGAAUCCGGCGCAAUCGCCUCGAAGGACCUGUCGUCGUUUUGCUCGGAGACCACUGUCUAAGCGCGACCUCAUCUUUCUCUAUAUGCAACGGUUGAAGGUGUCUGCGGCAUCAGCCGGCGGUUAUCCAGAGGCGCAAGGAUUGUGUUUUUGGUCCUUCUGGGAGCUGAUGUGCUUGCUUUCUACCCUCACACGCCUGCUACUUGGAACGGGAAAUCGAUCUGUCGCCAGCAAGAGCUUUAUAACUAAAGCGACCUGUGCAGACUCAGGUAUUCCGACAUCUCAAGUCCGUGUUACCGAGGCCUGUCAAGGUUGUGUGCUCGGUCUUUCUGCAAGGCAGGAUUCGGCCAAUGUGACCGACAGCGCUUGUACCUCAGGGACGCCUUUGGGAGACUACUCUAUACCUGAACGCGUAUCGGAAACGCUUGCGUCGUGCCCCCGAGGACGUAGCCUCAGUGGAGACGGACACGGGGCUGUUGAAUCUACAUUCUCGAAUAAUGCUCACACUGCCAGCCUUGAGGAAUCUUGUUCGCCGUCGUCACCGACGAUCUUUUAUCAGGAUUUUAGUACAGCUGCACGUGAAAGCCCAGUAUUUGUUCCUUGGUGGCCUCAUCUGCACAAUGCAUUCAACUCGUUAGGACCGUGUGAGAGGACGGCAGGAGUUAGCUCCCUUUUACGUAUCCUGCUAGUCGGAUUCCAUCGAGUUUGA